AUGGAAGGUCAUUUUCUUGCACUCCAAAGACCUCUAUCGGAGAAGGAAGCAAACCUGGUGCUUGAGAUGCGCGACAUCAAUGGCGACGGAGUUCUUGAUAAGCAGGAAUUGAUGGCUGACUUGACACAGAUUAACGUGAAACCCUGUACAACCUUACCAAAUAUGCAUCUUACAAGGGAAGAGAUCAGAGAAAUUUUCACAGGAUUCGACAUUGACGGCGAUGGUUUUCUCAAUAAGAACGAGUUAACACAGGCCUUCGGUAUGGUGGGUUCAUACGCCCCACUGUUUAAAGCUCACUACGCCAUGGUUCAUGCUGAUGAUGAUGGCGAUGGUCUCAUUAGCGAGUCUGAACUUAAUAAACUCAUCGAUUAUGUUGAGAAAACCAACAGGAGGAGGUUAAAUUAA